AUCUCUUUGUUAUCACUCUAUAAAAUCAUUUUAUUUACACAGCAGUCAGAAGGGUAGCUAAACUUCAAAAGUGUAAAACUUUAAGUUGAUGCAGGAUCAUAAUGUCAUUUCUGUGUGCAGAGUGUGUUAUUUAUAUCAUUCAGAUCCUGUUGGUUACAUCAUGUUUUGUGAACUUUUUAUUUCUCUUGUCUGUCUCAGAAUGGAGGACGAUGGUACCUUACAAAAAGGCCUGUAGUGGAACAGUGUUGGUUCACUGGAGACAGGGACUCAGUGCUGUUUCCAGAGAAAACUUCAAUGAAACUGAGAAGGAAAAGCUUUGCCAGGAUAUGGACUGUGGUGGAUACCAAUCAACAAAUGAAAUCCACCCCCAAACAAUUGAAAUAGAUUCUUUUUGGAACAAAAGCUUCAGCUGUGGUGAAAAUCCAGGAAGCAUUUGGGAAUGUGAAAAUAAAACCACACCCUCAAGGAAGGAGCCCGUCUUUAUUAAAUGCAAAAAGGAGCCCAAUGUCAGCAUUUCACAGGACUGCCAUGGGGAAGUGAGGAUAGAUGGCGUUCCAGUGUGUGCUAGUAACUGGGAUCUAUCCUACGCACACAAAGUUUGCCAAGAAAAGCUUUGUGGCAAUGCUGUCUUCAUUGAAUCCAAAGCUCCAUCAAAGGGUUCAGGUAACAUUUACCAUGUCAGCUGUGAAAAGUACCAUUCCAUCAUUGGCAAGUGCAGGAGGACUAAAGGAAAGUGUGACACAAAUGUGGUGUUCAUUACUUGUAGUGAAAGUGUAAAGUUCCGCACGACUGAAAAACAUGGAGGUGUCCUUUAUGUCAAUUAUCGAGAUAAGUGGGAAAGAGUAUGUCCAUUUAGGGCGGAAGAGAAAGAGUAUGUCCAAAACUUAACGGCAAAGCUCUGUGAAGAAAUUAAUAAUGAGACCCAUAGCGGCUCUACGGAGAUCAAACAGGUAAAUCUUUACAUUUUACGUCUUGAAUCGGUCAACUUAGAAACAACACUGGAGUUCACUGAUGUUACCAUGGACGUCAAGUACGCCAUCAAACAACGUUCCUGUGGAAAAGUUUCUUCAGCUACAAUAUUUUGUGAAGUGUGA